UGAAGCAGCCGCUUAUUCGCCUGGAAAUUUUUACACCGGUAUCUGUUUAAUAUACUAUAUGAACAGCUCAUGAUUAAAACUAUUAGCAGGCAAUUAUAAAUAAAACGGGGAAGCCCAGACUUUAUUAUGAAACAAAAAUAUAUUUUCAAGCUUAUUUAAAAAUCCAUAUUUGUAGUCAGCUAAGAUCCGUGUGUCGGGUCCUCAGCCUCCGGUGUCAUUGGUGAAUGACCGAAGAUGUCUCACAGCAGGUUGUUUGCCAGGCUGCUUUUGCAGCAGAGUGGAGUCAGGCACUGUUAUACAGGGUCAAGAAAGAACCUCUACAUCACCAAGAACACGAAGGUCAUCUGCCAAGGUUUCACAGGGAAGCAGGGAACGUUUCACAGUCAGCAGUCUCUUGACUAUGGCUCCCAGUUAGUUGGAGGUGUUUCCCCCGGCAAGGGUGGUAAGACACACCUGGGCCUGCCAGUCUUCAAUUCAGUCAAGGAGGCAAAGGAGGGCACAGGGGCAGAUGCCACUGUGAUUUAUGUUCCUCCUCCGUUCGCGGCAGCGGCCAUCAUCGAGGCCAUUGACGCCGAGAUCCCCUUGGUGGUGUGCAUAACUGAGGGCAUCCCCCAGCAGGACAUGGUGAGAGUCAAACAUAAGCUCCUGCGCCAGGGCACCACCCGCCUCAUAGGCCCCAACUGCCCAGGAGUCAUCAAUCCUGGAGAGUGCAAGAUUGGGAUCAUGCCAGGCCACAUUCACAAGAAGGGAAGAAUUGGCAUUGUGUCUAGAUCGGGCACCCUGACAUACGAAGCUGUGCAUCAAACUACCCAAGUCGGCCUGGGCCAGUCACUCUGCGUUGGUAUUGGCGGGGAUCCAUUCAACGGUACAAACUUCAUAGAUUGUCUAGAGGUGUUCCUGCAGGAUCCCAAAACAGAGGGCAUCAUCCUUAUUGGAGAAAUUGGAGGCAAUGCUGAGGAGAAUGCUGCGGAGUACCUAAAACAGCACAACUCUGGUGCUAAUUCAAAGCCUGUGGUGUCCUUCAUCGCGGGGCUAACUGCUCCUCCCGGCCGUAGGAUGGGCCACGCUGGCGCCAUCAUCGCUGGUGGAAAGGGGGGAGCCAAAGAGAAGAUUGCAGCCCUCCAGUCAGCUGGAGUUGUUGUCAGCAUGUCCCCUGCCCAGCUGGGCAGCACUAUUUUCAAGGAGUUUGAGAAGAGGAAGAUGUUGUAAAUUGUGCGGGAAGGCAACCAACCUUUUACCCCCUGCCCUGAAAUUGAGAUGGACAGCCUGAUUCUGAAGGUGGAUUUGCCCCACAGCAUCUGUAAACCCUGAUUAUUUCAACUAUGAUGCGCACAUACAGUGUUUAUAUUGUAAUUUCUGCCAUGAACUUGUACCUUGCACAUAACAAAAGAAUAAUACUUAGUGUCCUAAUGGUAUCAUAAAGAACUCAUUGUACACAAUGUAAAAGCUUUGUAGAUGUUUUUCUUCCUCCACAUGUAGACAGCCGAAAGGAAAGGAUGCCAUGGUAACCUUGGUGAUCUGUUUCAUUCUGUUAUACUGCUGCUGUAAGACAUAUUCCAUACUCAUUUCACUGGCUGUCCACCUGAAUAAGAAAUAUGUCUUGUAUCCUUU